ACUAUAGUUGCUGGCUCGGGCGUCAAAAAUGGCGGGCGGUGCUGCCGCCAUUCCUUACAAAUAGUGCAAGGGCAGGGCGGGCGUGGCUUGAUGUCCCUCAGCUGAGUAGCUACUGUUACAUUGAACUGUUUCCCUGUUGAGCUCAUAAUGCCCGAAGCUUAAGAAUCAAGAGCGUCAGCUGGCAAGAGAGGACUGCGCCUGACAGAAAGAAAGCUUCCUUUUCUUUUAAGGUUAAAGUUUGGAGUUGUGUCUAGAAAGAAGGAUCCCGAAUUGCCCAAUACGACACAUCUUCUGAUUUUCAGUGCCCUAACAACAGGUUUCUACAGAGGAUCAGCUACCUCUUCUCAAGUUUAAGCAUAAUGGAUGACAGCCAGCUAAGCAAGCAUGCAAGCAAAAUGUCUCCCAAGUCUUCUGUAGACCCUACAAAAGAGAAAGCAGCUAAAGGGUUAUCCUGUCAGUCAAACUGCUCCGAGGAAGCCAGGAGGCCAGAGCUAAGUACUCUUGAAGAGGCUUUCAGGAAAUUUGCUAUUCAUGGGGAUACAAGAGCCACUGGAAAGGAGAUGCAUGGGAAAAACUGGUCCAAGUUGUGUAAGGACUGCCAUGUGAUUGAUAACAAGAAUGUGACCCUCAUAGAUGUUGACAUUAUCUUCAGCAAAAUCAAGGGGAAAUCCAGAACAAUUACUUUUGGCCAGUUUAAGGAAGCACUUCAGGAACUCUCUAAGAAAAGAUUCAAGGAUAAGAACAAUGAAGAAGCAGUGCAAGAAAUGCACAAAUUAAUUGAAGGGAAAGUGCCAGUCAUAUCUGGAGUCACGAAAACAGUGUCAUCUCCAACUGUGUCACGGCUCACAGACACAGCACGUUUUACUGGUUCCCACAAAGAGAGAUUUGAUCCAACAGGGAAAGGCAAAGGCAAAGCAGGGCGUGAAGAUCUGCUUGACCUGUCUGGCUAUGUGUCUGGAUACAAACAUGCUGGAACAUAUGAUCAAAAAAUACAAGGAAGCAAGUAAGCUUCAAGACUAAAGGAGGGAAAGUGCAUCUUAUGAGAAUGAGUGAAAUGAGCUUCACUUAUUUCAGAUGGCUGUAAAUGCCUAAAAUAUGUUGGUAUUCCCUAUUUUCUUUUUUAAAAAAAAGAUACUAUUUGCAGUGAUACACUUCUUGGUUACAUUCCUCAUGCUUGAGGAUGGUGGGAAAAAAAAACUGCAACAGCUCUC